AGUGAAAAAGUGAUGAUGCAGAGAUGAAACAAACAAACAUUGUGAGUGUCACCUUCUAUAUCAAUAAUUGACGGCUGAAACAAUCUCUGGUGAUUGCUUCUAUAUGCUGUUUAAGCUCAACACUCUUUUUCUUUCACUUUCUCACCCAAAAUAUUCUUUUACAUAAAGUUUAAGCCUUUGAAAUCCCCACUAAAGUGAUCAUUCUGCAAGUUUUAUAUUUGUUUGUUGAGUUAUAGCUGGACUUGGAAAUCAAAAUAUGAUGACCAUCUUUGAAAAGUUUUGGACGAGAAACACCUUAAUUGGUCUUGGGUUGGGACAGUUUCUUUCUCUUCUCAUCACUUCCACAGGCUUCACAUCUGAUCAAUUGGCUAAAAAAGGAAUUAAUGCUCCAACUUCUCAGUCGUUUCUAAACUAUGUCUUGUUGGCGAUUGUCUAUGGAAGCAUUUUAAUAUACCGAAGGAAAGCACUCAAGGCAAAAUGGUAUUAUUAUAUACUUCUUGGGUUGGUUGAUGUGGAGGCAAAUUUUCUUGUUGUGAAGGCGUAUCAAUACACAUCACUUACAAGUGUGAUGCUGCUUGACUGCUGGUCAAUUCCAUCCGUCAUGCUUCUUACAUGGCUUUUCUUGAAAACAAAAUAUAGGUUAAAAAAGAUAACUGGUGUAAUUGUUUGCAUCGCUGGCCUUGUCCUGGUUGUGUUUUCAGAUGUUCAUUCAGGUGACCGUGCAGGUGGAAGCAAUCCUCGUUUGGGGGACCUUCUUGUUAUUGCUGGUUCUACCUUGUAUGCAAUCAGUAAUGUCAGUGAGGAGUUUCUAGUGAAAAAUGCUGAUAGAGUUGAGCUCAUGGCAAUGUUGGGUCUCUUUGGUGGUAUUAUCAGUUUCAUUCAAAUAAUGAUACUUGAGCGCAAGGAACUUAAAUCUAUUCACUGGUCGGCUGGGGCAGCGCUUCCCUUCGUUGGAUUUUCUGUGGCUAUGUUUAUGUUUUACUCUUUGGUCCCUAUUCUGCUUAAGAUCAGUGGUUCUACCAUGCUAAAUCUUUCUCUGUUGACCUCAGACAUGUGGGCUGUCGUAAUUCGCAUUUUUGCAUACCAUGACAAGGUUGAUUGGAUGUAUUUUGUGGCCUUUGGUGCUGUUACCAUUGGAAUUGUUAUCUACUCCGGAGGUGACAAAGAUGAGAAUCAGCUCCCUCUUAUUGCUAAUGAAGAUCCUCAGCCAACCAAACAGGAUGAGGAAGCCAAUUCAGGAAAUCAUAGCAAAGGAACUGUAGCUGGAAGCUCAAAAACCUGGGUAGCUUAAGAAAGUAUCGACCUUGAGAUCCAUACAGGGAAAAACCAUGAGGAAGAGUCUCUUUCAAAAAUGGAGAUUAUUCCUAAUUUACUUAGCUUCUCCAAGACUGCAAUCCAAGAAGCACGCAUAUCGAUUAUAUUCAUUUAGAUGUUGUUCUUGUCCACUUAUCUUAACAUUUGA